AUGUCGAUAAUAAACAUAGUUUUGGAGGGGAUCAGCGAGAAUCACUCGAGCCAGUCUAUUGUUCCAGUCCUUGAACUUUUACGAAAUGACAAGACCAUUCUUUCGAACAUAUCCAAAUUGCAACUUCAACAACUAGUUUCUCGAAGUUUACAAUUAGUCCGUUCAAGUGAUUCUUAUUCUAAAUGGUGCGGAAUAAACCUCAUACAUCAACUAUCUUCAAACUAUGUGAUUGUUGCCCAGUCAGGUGUGCAAUUUAUGAGCGCAUUAAUCGCAGUUUUGGAGUCAUACAACUCAACUAUAAAUGUUCUUAUAUUGCGCAACUGUAUUGAAUGUCUUCAGGUGCUUAUGCAUGAGAUUAGAGGUAAGCCUGCGUUGACUAGAGAAAUUUUGACUCCCAAAUUAAGUACCAUCAUUACAUUGGUGAUGGGCCAUAUUCAAUUCGAUGCUGAAACGUGUCUCAAUUUACUAUACGAUGUGAUUUUGCAUCAUCCAAACACAUUCCGUCCUUUUGCAAAUAAACUCAGAUCAAAGCUUCUUGUAUUCUUGAAAGGUGGUUUUGGUGUAGAGUUUGUUGAAAUGCCCACAAGUUUACGCAAAAUAAUUUGUCAAACUAUGGCGAUUUUACCAAUAAUUGAGAAGAAUGAACCCGAAGCCAAAUGGGGAAAUGACGUAAAGAAUGUUAUUUCAGAGGUUACGGGAAUUUUGAAUGUGUUUGAUGAGUUUUUCAACUUUAGGGAUGAUUCAUCAUUGGGAAAAUUAAUUUCGAAAUUGCCUGGUAGAGGGGAGAGAGCAGAGUUGGGGGAGGGUGACAGAGAGAGAGUAUUUGACGAUUUGAGUAUUGAUUUCAACGAGCCAAGAAGUUUGUUGGCGAUAAGCGACCAAGUGGAAACUUUAUUGCAAUUGUUGAAACAUUAUCUAGUUGGCGGUGGUAUUACCUCUGUGAGAUUGCCCUUGGGGUUAUGCUUAACUUUGCUCGAAGUUGUUUUCUCCAUAAACGCACGAUUUUUGUCAUACAAAAGCGAUGUAAGAGAUGACGAGAUUAGACAAUUGAUCUCAACAGUGUUAAAUAGAGUACACACUAGUGGUAUUGAAUUAUUAUCUUCAUUGCUACAAUUCAGAGGUGCGCUUGUGCCACAUUUGAAUCAGAUCUGGACAAUGUUGGAAUAUCUUGUGCCAAUGAUACAGAACAAACGAAUCGAUGCAGCUGAAGUAGUCAAGAAUGAAGCUGUUUUUGCCAAAUUAGUUGAAUGUGUUGGAUUGUACUUGAACUUGGUUGGAGCCGUGUCUGAUGGUGCAUCAUUAGUACCAUUUGUCGAUGUUGCAUUGACUCUAGUUGAACCAAGAAAGGAUAGUGCAGGCAAUAUGCAACAAUCUGCUGCCGAUGGCCAGCAAAAGAAUCAGAAUAAAAAUAAAAAUCAAAAGAACAAGAUCAAGAAGAAGAAUGCAUCUUCAGCACCGAUGUCUGAUAUCUUGUCACAUGAACAUCUUUUCCAGCAAACUAUACCAACUCAAACUCUUUUAGCCGUGCAAUACUUUUUCAGUCAAGUAAUCACCAAAGUUGAACUUCCUUCGAAUCAACACUACAAAACAUUGAGAUUUAUCAUUAGACAAUGUGUUGAGCAUAAGAAUAGCAAUUUGGAACAAGCUGUGCCAAAACAACUUAGAGAUUUGUUAGUCAAUACAGUGUUGUAUCCAGGCUACGACAAGAACAAUGCAUUACCUAUAGUGUCCUCAAUACUUAUUGAUGAUCCAAUAAUUUCGGUGUUUAACAAUCCGCGAUUACCUGCAUUGCCAAAAUACCAUUCCAUGAGCACUAGUAUGGAUAAUAAAGACGUUACUGAGGUGGGACUUGAACAAACAACAUACCAGAGAAAUCGUAAUGGCGAUGACGAUCAUGAUGAUGAUGAUGAUGAUGAUGAUGAUGACGACGAAGAGGUUAGUGCUAGUAAAGGAAGCGGUAAAAAGCUUUCAGCCAAAGAAUUAGCUAUACAGAAUUUAAUGAGAGAACAAGCAGAGCGUCAGAAACUUGAUCGGGAAAAGGAGGCAAAUGCACGAAUUGAAAAGGAUGCUGAACAUGAAGCUACGCCGUCAUUUGCGUUCCAAAUGGAAAAAAGACCACGUGAGGAAAUUGUUGAAGAAGUUGGUAAAGUUGAAAAGAAGAUCAAGGUGGGUGAACAUGGUUUGGUAAAAGACACUGUUUUAAAAAGCACAGUUGAAACUGUUGUUGAUAACAAGAAUGAUGUAGCCAAUGUUAGCAAAAACGAUCAAGCACAAGAUGCUGUUGGUGCUGAUGAAGAUAACGAAGGUUCUGAUUUCGAGAUUCCUGAAAUAAAUAUGGAACUGGAUACCGAUGAGGAAGAGGAAGGUGAAGAAGCGGAGUAA